ACCUCCGGAUCAGUGAGCCAUCAACCUUCAACCCCUUCUGUCUAUCCUCCAAUGGAACACUUGCACCUCCACAUGUGAUCCCGAUGCCUCUCCUCCCAAUGACUCCUGACCUCCCAGUAACCUCUGACUUGCAUGCUCAAGGUCAAAUGGUAGAACAGGGCAGCUUUGGUCCACCCGUAGGACUCUCAGACAGAUUCCAGGACUUAAACUCGCUGCACUCCAUAGCUGCCUCUGCUCAGCAGGUGCCCGAAUCAAUGGAGGCCAGCAACAUGGGGGUCAUCCCAAACCAGACGGAACCUCAGGCCCACCAACCCUGCAAAUAUGAUCUGCUGAGCAGUGUACCAUUAACAGAUCUGGACCUGAAGUUCCUGUACAGGGGGCGGACGAUGGGCUCCCUUACAGUCAGUAAUCCCCAGGGUUGCCGUCUUUACUACGGACACCUGGAACCAACCCCGGAGCAAGUGGACUUGUUUGGGCCUGUGACUUUGCAGCAGGUCCUGUUUCCAGGCACAUCUGAAAUCCAGAACCAGAAGCAGCGGUUCUACACCGAGGCCCUUCUGGAUGUAAUGGACCGAGGUCUUAUCCUGGAGAUCCAAGAACAGGACAUUUAUGCAAUUCGCCUCUGUCAGUGCAAGGUGUUCUGGUCAGGACCAGGCAUGCCAGAACAGGGACCAUCAAAUCCAAUAGAGAGAGAGAGGAAGCUUAAAGUGUUCAGCCUCAACGACUUCCUGCAAGGCCUCAUCCUGUUUCAGAGGGGAGAAGCUCCAAACCCUCCACCUUUUGAGGUGUUCUUCUGUUUUGGAGAAGACUGGCCUGACAAGAAACCAAAAGAGAAGAAACUCAUCAUUGUCCAGGUGGUUCCAGUGGUGGCUCGGAUCUUGACAGAGAUGUUUUCUGGAGAACUGAACUGGUCCACAGAAAGCAUCCGGCUACAAAUCUCAAAUCCUGAUGUGAAGGACCAGACAGUGGAGCAGUUCAAAGAGCUACAAAGGCUCCUGCAGACCCAGCUUGGAACCCAGGGGCCCUGGGGUUCCGGUGUUCCCCCAGGGGCCCUGAAUGUUCCCAUGAACAAUGCAUCCAUUGGUUUCUCACUGGGGAAUAGCUGAAAAUAGUUCUGCCCCAUAAUCAGUUCUGAACUGGUCCUAAAGAGUUCAUAUCAAAACUGCUAGAAUUGUUUCCAAAGAAUCUGAAUACUGAUUGAUCAAAAACAUUAAAUAUAACAGCA